UUUCAAACAUACUUGGUUUGGUUAGGUUUCUCUCUCACACUCUCUUUCCUUCACAUAACCAUUCCAGAUGCUCUGAGCCCUGGGCUUUGUGCUGUUUCUUUGUAUCUAUGAAGAGCCUUUCAAGACAUUUUUAUCAAGCCUUCCAAUAUUUAUUUACUUUUUUACUCCCCUGCAAAGAAGAAACUUCAUAAACAGGCAUUUCACAGAAGUCAGAAUGAACAGUGGGUGCAACCAUCAGGGAGCCACUUCUGCUCCAGCACAAGCCAUGACAGCUAAGAACUGAACCCGUCCCUUUCCUUCUCCUCACUGCAGUGCCUGGCAUCCCCAGCCGGGAUGAACUCACUUUGGUCUGCUCAAGGUAUGUUGAGUUAGAGCAUUUACAAGGAUGGAGGACACUGUCUCCUCAACAGUGAGGGUGGCCACAGAUAGGGGCAGCCUACUCAGAAUCAGCCGCAACAUUUCCUACAAUACUACCUGGGAUGGGGCCAGCACCACAGCCAGCUCUUUAGAGGACUUCAUAGCCACCUGCACAAUCGGGACCAUCCUCUCUAUUAUGUGCAUUGUUGGGGUGACAGGCAAUGUCUAUACCUUGGUUGUGAUGUGCCACUAUCUGAGAUACUCAGCUUCUAUGUACAUCUACAUCAUCAACCUUGCCUUAGCAGACCUCCUCUACCUUCUCACCAUCCCUUUCAUUGUCGGGACAUAUUUCAUCAGGGGGUGGUACUUUGGGGAUGCUGGGUGCCGGAUCCUCUUCAGCUUGGAUUUCCUCACCAUGCACACAAGUAUUUUCACCUUGAUGGUGAUGAGCACAGAGAGAUACUUUGCAGUGCUGAAGCCUUUGGAUACUGUGAAAAGGUCGAAGAGCUACCGGAAAGCUAUUGCCAUCGUCAUCUGGGUUGUGUCUCUGCUUCUCACCCUCCCGAUGCUGAUCAUGAUCCAGCUGGUACGAGAGGACAAGAACAUCUGCCUUCCUACCUGGAGCAAAUUGUCCUACAAGAUCUACAUCACCGUCCUCUUCUGUACCAGCAUUGUGGGCCCUGGGGUUGUGAUUGGGUACCUUUAUAUUAGGCUGGCAAAAACUUACUGGGUGUCCCAAACGACGUCUUUGAAAGAGACCAAAAGGCUCCCCAACCAAAAGGUGCUGUAUUUAAUCUUCACUAUUGUGCUGGUCUUCUGGGCCUGCUUCUUGCCUUUCUGGAUAUGGCACCUCCUCUCCCAAUAUUACGAUCCUUUCCCAGUGUCUCAGAAGGCUACCAGAAACAUCAACUACCUGACCACAUGCCUGACUUACAGCAACAGCUGCAUCAACCCUUUCCUCUACACUCUGCUGACCAAAAACUACAAAGAGUACUUGAGGAACAGGCAGCGAUCCUUUAACAGCAGCAGCAGCUACUUCCAGAGGAGAAGCAGGUUUCAGAGAAUCUCUGGCAGAUCGUUGUCCACAAGCAGUCAGCACUACACGGAGACCUUUGUGCUCCCUCCCAUUCCUGGGGGAAACAGCAGCCCCUGAAGGAAAAAGCACGGCUGUCCUCAAGGCAGCUUUGACUGAGAGGCUGCUGUGUUUUGGGAUGGCAAAAGCUGAGAAGCAAGAAGGCACAAAAGAUCGAAUGAGCGUCAUAAAGUAGAGGCAUCCUUAGGUAGAGUAUCAUCUCCUAGAGGCCCCUAGCCGCUGCUUUUUUGCCUUAGAUGAACUUUGAGUGAGCUCUUUCCAUCACACAAACAAGUAAUACAUCCCAACUAUCCCGUGGCAUGUCAACUUAAGUUAUUGAACCUAUGUUUGUCAACAGUGUUUUAUUACUAUGAUUUUGAGCUAUAUCACCCAUGCAGUUGCUUGGGAGAAUAAGCUAAAUCAAUAAAGAACUGAGACUUGA